AUGAAUAAAUCAAAUAUUCAUUUGUCAUAUAGUAAAUCAAAUAUUCUUUUGCCAUGCAGUAAAUAACUUUUGCAUUAAGAAGAUAAUUCAAUUUUAAAAAUUGAGUCUGUUGAAUCAGAAUCUCCAUUAAAAGAAAUUCAUAGAGAUCAGGAUGAUAAUGAAGAUUCUGAGAAAAUUUAAUUAUCUAUUUAACAUGAAAUAUUUAAAAAUGAAAAAUAGACUAUAGAGAACCCUAAUCAAUGUUAAAAUUUUGUUUAUCCAAAUCCAUUAGAAGAGUUAAGAAUUCCAUUUGAUAAAAUUUAGUUUAUUUUAUAGCCUAUUUAAAGAGAGAGAAUCUUAUAAUGUUAAAUUCGUAAAGUUAACAUCUAAUCUCCAAAAUAAAAUGCAAAAUAUGAAUUAAUUAUGUGUGAUUUACCAAUUUUGAUAGCUGAAAAAGUUCAUACAUUAUUUAAAAGGAAAAUUAUAAUUAAAUAAUCAGGUUUGAAUUAUUAUGCUGGAAAAUUAAAAUGGGAUAAAUAUGGUUAGAAUUUCAUAUUUAUGGACAAUAAAGUAAAUCCUAAAAAAUGUUCUACUAUUAGUAUGCAUAGAUUAUGUACUGGAGGAGCUAAUUAUUAAAAAACUGGAAAGUAGAAGCCUCAUCGAAUUAGAGUAAUUUAAUGAUUGAGAAUAGGUAUAUUUGCCAGAGAUAGACUCAAGUAAUUAGAUGUAUUAAUACCGUUUAGAAAAGUGUAAAUACUUUGACAAAAAGCCUAAAUUUUUUUAAGAAUUUUAGAAUAGAGAAGCAGAAUAUAGUAAAGAAGCAAAAUAAUUUGUUUUGCCGUUUUACAAUAGAGCUAAAAUAGCAUCAUCUAAAAAUUUAUAGUUGUGUUAAUAAGAUAAAAAUUAAGUUUUUUUUCUUUUAGGAAAGGUUGAUAAAGGGUUAUACAAUCUCGAUUUCUAAUGGCCAAUAUUUCCUUUGUAGGCAUUUUAAAUAGCAAUGUCAUGUUUUGUAUCUAGAGCUUCAGAUUGA